GACCUUCACCCACUGACUUACGAGUUCCUGUGGUGGGCAGAUGGAAUCGCAAUGGCUGCUGUUGCCUUCCCAACAACACCUGUCCUCACAACUCCUCCUUAUGUAGGCCCUUACACUGGAUUGGCUCAUUACAGCCUUAUAAGUCUCCUGCCUUCUGGCGUGGUGAACUUCAAGGUCAAGGUCACAUGUGUGGAGUUUCAGGAACUAGAGGUGGACUUUUCUAUUACAAUUGGCCCACCUGCUGAUCCUAUUGAAGUUUGGGCCCCUCCGCUCCUGGAUGGUCCAGACAGCGCUUUCAGCAAGAAUCUGGAUAGAGGGAACAAAAUUGGAGCAGCUGCUCUGGCAACAAGCAUUGCGGCAGUGGCAGUGAACAUCGGCAAGGGAAAUAAUGGGCAAGGGGGCGGAGUAGGGCCUGGAAUAAAGGACAAGUUAAAACAGCUGUUGGAGAAAGUAAUCACCAAACUGGACAACAUUGACACCUCCAAUGACUAUGAUGUCCAGUUGGCAACACUGAGAGCCCUGGCAGUGGCUACAUCUGUGGGUGAUCUACUGACACCUUUAGCAAUGGUCUCUGCCUCAAACAAGACCCAUUUUGUGGUGAAAGACCUGCAUGACCGUGUGGCUGCGGGGACUCCCACAGUUCUCUCUGCUGAUGAGGUUGAUGUGGCCUGUGGGGCAGCCUUUACCACCAUAGCUGGUGCCUUAAAACCAGCUGCAGAAGCAGCCAGGGAAGACCACAACAAUGGACUUGUCUACUCAGACGUUCUGGUCGCCAACCAACUAGUAGCAACAUCAUCAUUCCGUACCAUUGAUGUGAUGGAUGACAUCUACCUGAACUACAUGAUGACUGCUCCUGACAUCACUGGUCCUCCCUGGCCGCCUGCUCUCAUUGUCAUCAAGGGUCUCGGCCUCCGUAUCCAGAGGGAGGAAUGUGGUGAUGCAACCAAUAGGGCCUAUAAGACUGGAGAGUUCAGCCCCAUCAUCCUGGGUGUUCCAAGUUCAGCAGAUGUUACAGAUGGAUGUGAUGGGUCGGCUGUGUCUGGGAUGAGUAUCACACAUGCAGAGUUCAAUCCAUUUGAGUACUCCAACAACUCCUACCAGGUGCGAGGUACUGUGGUGGGUCUGGCCUCCAAGAUUGGCAACGCUACAAACCACGUGACUGGACUGGGACCUCCUGUUGACGUCAUCAUUCGUCGGAGACUGAUGGAAGCAAAUGACAUGUUUUCUUGGGAUAUCACCUGUGCCUACAUUGGCAAUGUGACGGUUGUGCCUUUUCUAGUUCGGUACAAUGGCAGCUCUCUUCAUAUCAACAUCAAACACAACUACACGGAUCCCCCGCCGGUUGUCAACCUGUUCCUCCGGAAGGACGCCCCUCCCACCCCUGAGGCGUACAACUGGACGGUGAGCCUGCCGACUCCCCAGGCAGACCUGUUCACCAUUCCUGCAGGAAACGACACGGUGACAGCCAGUCCCUACAGCUGGCUUUUGGAGCCACCGGAGAUCGACAUCACGGAAGAUGAUGUGGUCAACAAGACCUAUUAUUUCUUGGGGAUACAGUUUGUGGAUGGAGAAGAUGCUGUUACACCUCUUAACUUCUCUGUGUGUGUGAUGGAGACCAUGUGUGUGUACUUUGGAGAUGAGUGGGAAAAUGAGGAAGACCAUCUGUGGCAUGGUCAAGGUUGCAAGCCUGGAGCGUUAUCCAAUUCUACUCACAUACACUGCCGCUGUAACCAUCUCACCAAGUUCACUGGCUUAGUGGCUCCUAAUCCCAUCAACUUCAGCGAGGUUUUCACAAAAGACAUUCUUCAGAACCCGAUUGGAUUGAUCCUAGUUUUGUCCACCUUCCUGCUCUACCUCCUGUUAGUUUUGUGGUCAAGAAGGAAAGACAGACAUGAUCUUGCUAAGGUCGGUGUUGCUGCACCCCAAGGUCACAUCCUGAACCCUGACCCCUGGUGUCAGUAUGUCGUCACUUUGUACACAGGAUUUAAAGGAGGAUCCUGGACAACAGCUACUGUAUGGAUUAAUCUGUUUGGAGACUAUGGACGGACAGGACCGAUCGCACUGCAAGACGAGAACCGUCCACUGUUUGAAGAGGGCAGCGUGGACUCCUUUCUGGUGUCGUCACAGAACAUCAUCGGGAUGAUUCAUGUUGUUCAUAUUUGGCAUGACAACACGGGCUACAGCCCAGAAUGGUUUCUUGGCCAGGUUGUGCUUCAAGAAAAAGCUACAGGAAGAGUGGUCUAUUUCCUAUGCAACAGGUGGUUAGCAGUUGGAGAGGAUGAUGGGAAAAUAGAACGUCUCCUUCCUGUGAGCAGCCCAGAAGAACUAGCAGAGUUUGGCAACCUUGUCAAGGCUAAAGUUGAGAGGGACAUGAAUGAUGGCCACCUGUGGUUCUCCGUGAAAGGCCGCCCUGCCCGGAGUCCGUUCACCCGUGUCCAGCGCCUGUCCUGCUGCCUGACACUCCUGUACAGCACCAUGGUCACCAACAUCAUGUUCUUUGGACAAGGAGACAACUACGACUCCCCGGAAACAAUCAAGAUUGGAGAAACAGAAUUCAAUGUACCAAUGGAUCUUCCUAAGUCACCAGUAAUAGAUGAAAACCCCGAACCAAGACCACUAGACACAGAUGAGGAAUACCUACAGUACAAGAGGAAGCUGCAGCAGCCGAAGGUGACAAUGCCUCUGAACACAGCUGACCUGGCUGCAGAGAGAUCCAGGAAACUGGAUGACAAGAAACGACGUAGUGCAGUUAUAGAGGUUUGCUUCUUUGCCAUCUUUACACUGGUGGUGAUGAUGAAUGUCUACAAUGAAAUCGACCCACUCGCCUUCUACAUGAAUGAGUCCGUCAAAAACUCACUACGCUACGAGACUGAAGAAAUUACUUUUGAUGAGAUAUCAGACAUAGAGUCCUUCUGGGUAUGGCUCCAGGCUGGCAUCCUCCCAACGUUGUACUACAGCUCAUGGUACAACAACAUGGCCGACCAUGAGUGGGUCAUCAUGGGGAACAAGAACUCCUGGCUGGUGGGGUCACCAACGAUACGGCAAGCAAGAUUAGACCCUGUGUUCCCAACUUUUGGUGAACAUGGGAUCUACACUGAGGGAGGUUACAGCACAACACUGAACCUGACUCAGAGCCAGUUGCUGCAGGAAAGUGGCUGGCUGGAUGAGAACUCUCGGGCUGUUAUGGUGGAAACAAUUUUGUACAACCCAAAUGCCAACCUUUUCUCCGUGGUGACGUUCUUGGUGGAGUUUACCUACUAUGGAAACGCCUUCCCCUCGGUCUCGAUCUCCACACUUCGCCUCUUCCAGACCUCCCAAAUCCUCUUAAUAGCCAUGAAGGGCAUCAUGGUGCUGUUCCUCUUGAUUUUUGUGUACAAAGAAGGGAAGCUGCUCGUGGCACAACCAGUGGGGUACCUGCAGGAUGUGUGGAACUGGGUGGAGCUUCUCGUCAUCCUGGCCGGCUUCUCCACGCUGGCCGUGUACUUCCAGACCAAGUCGGUGAUCGACCAGGUCAGUGAACCCGGCAGCCACACCCAGUUCUCGGUGUACCGGCGUGCGGCUGGCUGGGUGGAGGUGUACACGUACGUGACGGCUGCCCUGAUCUGCUGUGUCACCCUCAAGCUCGUUCGACUCAUCAGGUUCAACAAGGUGGUGCAGGUCCUCUUUCUCACCAUUAGAACAUCCUUCAAACCACUGUCUGCCUUCAUGCUGAUGGCUGGGAUAGUCAUGAUGGCUUUCACCCAGAUGGGCAGCCUGUUGUUUGGGGCUAACCUGCAGACCUACAGCAGCAUCGGCAGCAGUCUGGCCUCCAUCUGCCUCAUGACUAUCGGCAGUUUUGACACAGCAGAGCUGACAGAAGUGUCGUGGAUCUAUGGCCCCAUCUUCUUCUUCCUUUUUCAGGUGACCAUGCAGUUUUUCCUGAUGACCAUGUUCAUGGCCAUCCUGAUGGACACGUACGCAGACGUGGAUGAAAACACUGACGCACAGAAGCUGAGGAUGAUGGCAUACAUGCAUGGAAUAAUCAUCACAAAAAAGAGGAAGAUGCAGCAGACUGUGAAGAACAAAAGGAAACCUCGAGAUGCCAGGUUUGAGAUACACCUUGUAAACCUGCGAGGAGAUCUGAGUGUGUAUAGUAAAACUUUUGACCAUACCAGCAAUGCACUGGAGUAUGGGCCAAAUGACUCACAGAUAGAUGUGUAGCGCUUUGAGUGCAGACCAGUGACUGUCAUGUAUCACAUUACUGAGCUAAUACUGUAAAUAACCAAAUAUGCAUGAAUCAUCGCUUAAAACCGACUUAAUCUUCUCUCUGGUCAGUGAAUCAGCACCUAAAUGUAUAUAAUGAAUGAACAGUUGACAAGCAAUAAGAACAAAAUACUAUGCUUACUUUGAUAGUUUACAUGAUAACGUGCUGCCGACCCGUGGCAGGGACAACAGCAGCAGUAUAAUCAAAUCCUGGAUAGUGAGUGAGUGUGAUAAGAAUCACUAAAUUGUGAAUAAUGAUGAAGACAGCCAAUUGUUCCUGAAGUCAUUCUUUAUUAGAUACCAGAGCUUGUAAACAAACAGCAUCAUACAGGGUUGAAGAAGCCGUGGCAACCAUUUUCAAAGAACCCCACAUAUUAUUUAGGCGUGCAUGCCUCUAUGUUGUGACUAAGACAUCAUCAAAGGCUUAGAUAAAUAAAACAUGGUGUCUGAAUAGUUUACUUUCUUCACACUUUUGUCUUGGAAUUGCUUGUGUUUCUGAUGACACAUCUACAUAUUUCUGCAUUCUGAUGACAUGUCGACAGUUUCAGGUUUGCUACAAGGGUUACUGUGGUAAGUGGGGAGGCUAGCCUGGUCUUGUGCACUAUGGUUUCAGUCCAGUCCAACUUGGGAAGCGUGGCUAUUUGGUGCCAGCCAAAAUAAUAUUUUU